AUGAUAAGUGCCUUCCCUUUCUGGCCUUUACUAGAAUCUGAUCAGAAUGGGUACCAGUGGCCAAUGCCUUGGGGCAACCUGAGCGGGGGCGUGGGCACCACCUUGCAGAGGGCUUUCCCUCGUCUGGCAGCAGAUGGCGCACGUGCACACUUACCGCGCUGACUAGUAGGACCGCAAGGCGACGCUCUGGUCCGCGCUCCUCUGUGGCAGCAGGGUCCCACGUCUCCCUCCUCCCUCGAGGGUAGCUGGUGUCCCGCUCCCUGUCCCGGGGGCGUCAUCAUGGCGCAUCUACCCAAGCUCGCGGUCUUCGACCUUGAUUAUACGCUCUGGCCCUUCUGGGUCGACACGCACGUUGACCCUCCGUUCCACAAGAGCAGUGACGGGACCGUGCGUGACAAGAGUGGCCGGGACGUGCGGCUGUACCCAGAGGUGCCUCAGGUGCUGGAGCGACUGCAGGGCCUAGGGGUGCCUAUCGCUGCCGCAUCCCGGACAGGGGAGAUAGAAGGGGCCAAUCAGCUACUGGAGCUCUUUGACCUUAGCAGAUACUUCAGUCACCGGGAAAUCUAUCCUGGCAGCAAAGUCACACACUUUGAGAGGUUGCACCAGAAGACUGGAGUUCGUUUCUGGCAUAUGCUCUUCUUCGAUGAUGAGAAGAGGAAUAUUGUAGAUGUCGGCCCACUGGGAGUUACCUGUAUUCACGUGCAGAAUGGAAUGAAUCUUGCAACCCUAACUCAGGGGUUGGAAGCCUUUGCAAAGGCCCAGGCUGGGCUCUGAGGUCCGGUCCCAAUCUGAAAGGGAGUCCAGGUGGUCUUGGAGUUUUAUUAAAGUGUCAUCAGUGUGUGACA